AUGUCAGAGUCUCUUAGUUCAUUAGCCGAUAAUUAUUUAUCUGAUGAUAAAACUAGAUUUAGGGAAACCUUAAAAAUAUUUUCUCUGUCGACUUUAAAUUUAGUUACACGUAAAGGUGUGUUUCCUUAUGAAUAUAUUGAUCAUCCUAGUAAAUUAAAUGAAACAUGUUUGCCACCAAAAAAAUCCUUUUAUAAUUCGUUAAGAGACGAAGAAAUAAGUGACGAAGAUUAUACCCAUGCUCAUAAGAUUUGGAAAAGAUUUAAUUUAAAAACAUUAGGAGAAUAUAGUGAUUUAUAUUUAGCCACUGAUGUAUGUUUACUUGAUGACGUUUUUGAAAAUUUUAGAGAUCUUUGUUUACAAACACUUAAAUUAGAUGCUUCACAUUACAUGACCGCCCCAGGAUUUGCAUUUGAUUGCAUGUUGAAACAUACUAAUGUCCGACUAGAACGACUUAAACAAUACGAUUUCCAAUUAUUUCUGGAGAAUGGAUUACGCGGUGGCAUUUGUCAUUCGGUUAAAAGACAUGUAAAAGCAAACAUUCCUAAUAUCGAAAAUAUUAAUUAUGAUUCGAAUAAGCCUGUAACGUGGUUAGCUUACCUGGACUGUGUAAAUCUAUAUGGAAAGUCUAUGCUAUCCGCUUUACCUUAUAAAAAUUUUGAAUGGUUUGACGAUUUAUCUAUAGAUAUAACACAAAUUGAAGAUGAUGCUGAAUAUGGUUAUAUUUUAGAAGUAGAUGUUAUUUACCCUAAACAAUUACAUAAAAAUCAUAACGAUUUUCCAUUUUUACCAGAAAAUAAAUGUCCACCAAAUUCUAAAAAAUUUAAAACAAGCCAUUGCCAAUGGAUUAAAAGUAAAAAAGUUCAUAGGAUUCUUCGUUUUUCGCAAUCAAAAUGGAUGGCACCAUAUAUUGAGUUAUGUACAAAUAUGAGGGUAAAGUCACAAAAUGAGUUUGAACGUCAAUUUUGGAAGUUAUUGGUUAACAGUGUGUUUGGAAAAUGUAUGGAAAAUGUUAGAAAACGGAUGUUAAUGACACUAGUUUCUAACGAGAAAAAAGCUCAUCGUUUAAUGUGUAAAGUAACAUUUAAAGAUAGAACAAUUUACUCAAAAAAAUUAAUGGCAAUUCAUACGAAUAAAGAAAAAAUUAAGUUUGAUAAACCUAUUUAUGUUGGAUUUGCAAUAUUAGAUAUUUCAAAAACGAUAAUAAUGCACAAACCUAUACUUUAUGUAAAACCAAAUAUUCGAUCCGAACCUAAAAUACCAAAUCUGAUGGAAAUCGAUAUUGAAAAUCUUAGGGAACUGUAUUUUGAUUUAGAUAGAGGUUGCUGUAUUUUAAAACGUGAUAACUGUAACGUAAAGUUGUAUAAGGAUUGGAAAAUUGCUAGAGGCUUAGUGGUUAAACGUCUAUCAGAUUUAAUACAAUUAUGA